AUGGUCGUCAGGGUCGAGCUGCUGCUCCCAGAUGUGCUGCUCAACGAUGCGCGGGCGGUGCCCGUCGUGGUGGUCAGCGACAUGGUGCUCGAGCUGGUGGUCCCUGGCGUGGUGCGUAUCGUCGAGGUGCCCGUGCCCGUCGUCCAGCUCAGCAGCAUGGUGUUCGCGGCAGUGCCUGUCCUGUUGGCGCUGGUGCAUCUAGUCGUGUUGUUCGGCGAUGCGGUGCAAAUGCCCGCCGUGGUGGGCAGCGAGGUGCUGCUCAGCGCCGGAAUGCUGGUACUCAGGGCAGUAGUGUUCCCAUUCGUGGUCGUCUGGGUCGAGGUGUUGCUCUUGGACGUGAUACUCCACGGGAAUCAGUUGGUAGCCGUCAUGGUAGUCAGCGACGUGGUGUUCACGGCCGUCCGCGUCCCACCCGUGGACAUCGGAGGCGAGUUGCUUCUCUCCAGCAUCUGCCCGGUGUUCGAAACAUCGCUGUGCGGCGAUGCGGUGCUUGUGCCCGCCGAAUUGGUCAGCGGCGUUGUUUUUGACGUCAAUUUGCUAGUGCGCGUCUCGCAGCUCCGCGACGUGGCACUCGAGUUAGUGCUCGCGCCGCGGGCGCAUGUCAGGCACGACCUGGUUCACGCCAGCGCGCUGCUCAACGGUGCGCUGUUGGUGCCCGUCCUACUUUUCAGCGACGUACGACUCGCGACGUAA